GAGAGAGCGAGAGAGAAACAGAGCGACAGCAGAGCGCUCUGUAAACAGGCUGUCAGAAAAGAAAGUGCAGGGACAUUUUCAUCCGCCACAGCCAAAAGGAGAGCGUUACGUACAACGCUGAAGGAUAAUCACGAGAGAGAGAGAGAGCGAGAGUGAGAGCGAGUGAGAGAAGGUUUAAUUAAUUCAUGCAGGAGGGGAGGGAUGUUUCUGCCGCUGACUGAGCUGGUUCCAGCACUGCCUGUAGCAUUUUGUUUGUGAGCCCAUCCAUGCUGUGACCGUGACAGCACUCAGAUCAGGCAGCAUUUGACGGACACCAUCACCUGAACAAGCAGAGAUUGAAAAUUUCAACUUCGGUUGAAAGGUCAUCAGUUGCUCCUCCGCGUGCACCUGUCACCUCCCCACCGCGGAGCUACUCCAAUCCCAGCCCCUACCGGUGGCGCGGCACGCCUCACCUUCACACCGGCCUCGUCCUUGUGUCCCUCCUUGUUUCACAACUCCACGUCGGGGACGCCAAUUUACCAUCUGUUACUAAGAAAAGGCAACAUGACCAUGCCAGAUCGUACCAUCGCCUUUUCAUACCUCACCUGAGGACAAUCAGCGUGGUUCCCCCGGCUCACCGCGAGCGCUCUGACCGGCGAGAUGGGAGACUGGGUGUGUCUGAGCCCAGCCGAAUUCUCCCAGCUGCAGCAGUACAGUGAGUAUUCCUCCAAGAAGCUUAAAGAUGUCCUGGAAGAGUUUCAUGGAAAUGGUGUCCUCUCCAAGUACAACCCUGAACAGAAGCAAGAUGUUCUCAACCAACCCAUCGACUAUGAGGGCUUCCAGCUAUUCAUGACUACCUAUCUGGAGAAUGACAUCCCUGAGGAACUUUGCAAACACCUCUUCACCUCCUUCAAGAGCAAGAAUGGCGGAGGCAGCUCCCCUGACACCUCUCGAUCUGGAGCAUGCAUGCUGGAGCCCAAGUCCAUUGAUGCAGGCAUCUCUAUACAGACCGAAGUGGCCUGUGCACCCAUAACAGGUAUGAAUGGGAAGAGUAUUUUGAGCGCUAUGAGCCGACAUACACCAGAGAACUCUGCAGGGAUCACUCCAGGCUCAGGGGCCACCACAUCACCCUGCUCCUCCCGCUCCUCCUCACAACGCUCAGGCACAGGGGGCCACACACCCAGAGGCUCCCACCGGUCGCCCGGGAUGCAGCACAAUCCCUCAGCGAGCAGCAGCAGCAAUGCUUUGGCUCUCUCCAAGACUACCAACUCCCCGCGCCUCUCCCCAGAGCGUAAUCAAUCAGAAAAUCGUACAUCUCUCCGGAGGAGUCCUUCUCCACAAAAAGGAUCUCCGUCACCCCAAGUGGUCUUCCUUAAAGACAUUGUGUGCUACUUGUCCCUGCUGGAGAGAGGGACGCCAGAGGACAAGCUUGAGUUCAUGUUCAGGCUGUACGACACAGAUGGCAAUGGUCUGCUGGACAGUUCGGAGCUUGACCGCAUCAUAAACCAGAUGGUCCAUGUAGCUGAGUAUCUAGAAUGGGACUCUACAGAACUACGACCAAUUCUGAAGGAGAUGAUGGAGGAGAUUGAUUAUGAUCGGGAUGGAACGGUCACAUUAGAAGAAUGGAUCAGAGGAGGAAUGACCACCAUACCACUCCUAGUACUGCUGGGAAUGGAGACGAAUGUACAGGAAGAUGGGCAGCAUGUGUGGAGACUAAAGCAUUUCAACAAGCCAGCAUACUGUAAUUACUGCCACACUAUGUUGUUAGGAGUACGAAAACAGGGCCUUUGCUGCUCACUAUGCAAGUACACAGUCCAUGAGCGCUGUGUGUCCAAAGACAUUGCUCCUUGCAUUAGCACCUACGCCAAGUCCCGCAGACACACCAAUGCUAUGCAGCAUGUUUGGAUGGAGGGCAACUCCCCAACAAAAUGUGACAAAUGUCACCGCAGUAUCAAGUGCUAUCAAGGCCUAACAGGCCUUCACUGUGUUUGGUGUCAAAUCACUCUUCAUAAUAAGUGUGCGUCUAAUGUGAAGCCUGAAUGUGACGGUGGACCAUUAAGAGAUCACACACUCCUGCCAUCGUACAUCUGCCCUGUUGUAUUGGACCGUCAUUCUGCCGUCAAAAGAGGUGAAGGAGAAUCAUCCCCCAGUACCAGCCCAGAGGACACCGGCCAGUGUUUCAAGUUCACCGGUGACGGUCAAGCACUACAGAUCACCCCUCUGCCUGGGACGCACCCCCUCCUCGUGCUGGUUAAUCCUAAAAGUGGCGGUCGGCAGGGUGAGAGGGUGCUGCGGAAAUUCCAGUACCUGCUUAACCCCAGGCAGGUGUACAGUCUGGAUCGAGGUGGACCCAUGGCGGGGCUCAACUUUUUUCGAGACGUGCCCAAUUUCCGUGUGCUGGCCUGUGGAGGUGAUGGAUCAGUGGGGUGGAUUUUGGACUGCAUUGAUAAGGCCAAUUUUGCUCGGCAUCCGCCUGUUGCGAUCCUGCCGCUGGGUACUGGGAAUGACCUCGCUCGCUGCCUGCGCUGGGGUGGAGGCUAUGAAGGAGGCAGUCUGGUCAAGUUCCUCAGGGAUAUCGAGCACAGCACCGAAGUGCUGCUUGACCGCUGGAACAUCGAUAUUAUCCCUGACGAUAAGGAGGAAAAGGGCGACCCUGUGCCAUACAGCAUAGUGAACAACUACUUCUCCAUCGGAGUGGACGCAUCCAUAGCACAUCGCUUCCACUUGAUGAGGGAAAAACAUCCAGAGAAGUUUAACAGCAGGAUGAAAAACAAAUUGUGGUACUUUGAAUUCGGCACCACAGAGACAAUCUCAGCCACUUGUAAGAAGCUGAACGAGUCCAUUGAGGUGGAGUGUGAUGGCAUCAUUUUGGAUCUCAGCAGCACGUCUCUGGAGGGUAUCGCUGUGCUCAACAUUCCCAGCAUGCACGGGGGCUCUAACCUGUGGGGCGAGACCAAGAAAAGACGGAAUUACAAUCGCAUGAGUAAGAAAGUGCCAGAGAGAAUGACUGGCAGCACUGUCACCGAUGCCAAGGAGCUGAAGUUUUGUGUGCAAGAUUUGAGUGAUCAGCUUUUGGAAGUGGUGGGUUUGGAGGGAGCCAUCGAGAUGGGUCAGAUCUACACAGGUCUCAAGAGCGCUGGGCGGCGCCUUGCACAGUGUUCCAGUGUCACUAUCAGGACGUCCCGGCUGCUGCCCAUGCAGAUUGACGGAGAACCGUGGAUGCAGCCUCCAUGCACGAUACGGAUCACGCAUAAGAACCAGGUGCCCAUGCUGCUGGGACCGCCACAGAAAACAUUCUUCUUCUUCAAGAAGCGCAACAGAAGUCGGGACUAGACGCGGGACUCCAGAAAAUCAACCACUCUUCAACAGUCAUACAAACACACUCGAGCGUCUCCACCUUCCUCAGAUAAUUCUUCGUCUUUGGCAGGUGGCACCCAAAGAGAAGAGACCUUUCAAACACUUUUGUGAGACAAAUCAAUACAAAUCCAACACUGUAAUGGGCCUCUAAUGGACUUCAUCUCCCAACACAGCCUGAUAUGCACAGGCUAAACCAGUUCAUGAGUGUCAUGACCACUUCCUGUGUCUUAUCAUCCAGAACAUCUUAUCACAGGCUUGUGACCUGUAAGCUAUGACUCAGUUUCAUUCAAAUCCCCCUCCCCCCUACCAGUAGGCCACUGCCUUGGGAUCACACUGUGUGCCCUCUUCCUCCUCUUGAGACAGCUCAUCACAACAUACUGCCAAUUUCAAAGAGAGAAAGGGAGGACCAGAAGAGCAAAAGACUCGCCCAGUAAAAGGAGAAGAAGUGUCACACCCUGGCACGAUAAUGUUCUUCACGUGAGAGUUGGUGGUGCACAUAUGGACGUCACAGGGCCCUGGUUUAACUUAGCAGGACUAUGGAACAAACUGUCGUCCUGAAGGAGCUUACUGAAUUAUACAUCAGUGCAUGCAAAGCACUCAUUCCAGUGCCUCUCCAAGGCCCUGUAACAUGCCACCACUAAAGAGAUGAAACGGCGUACUCAUCCAUUAUGAAGAUGUUUAUGGGGUCUGCUGAUAGGGAUAGGUUAGACUGGCCUGAAAGAGAUGAAACGUUUCAGCUUCUGGUGUUUGCUCCGGGCAGUUUCGGUGUUCACCCCUAGGCCGCAAGACUGACCAGUCCGAGUUUUGUUACAGUUAGCUGAAUGUUUAUUUAAUCCCACACUGCCCUCUAAAACAACAGUGCCAGCAUUCCGUGUAGAGAAUGGACCUAAGGUCCUUUAAAAAUGCAGUUUAGGUUUAGAAAACCCUUAGAAGAGAGAAUCAAUGUACAAAAAAUUUGUAAAAAAUUAGUUUUACUAAUUAGGAUUUAUAUCAUAGCAAUGUGGCAAUUUGUGCAAUAAUUUGCUAAUUUUAUCAUAUUUUUUAAGCCGAAUUAAAAUAGCGUGCUGUAAAAUUUGGGAGUAGAUUUCAGGAGAAGCCCAUUUCCGCCAUUAAAUAAAUAAAAGGUAAUUGCAAGUUUUUAUCUCACAAUUCUGACUUUUUUUGCAAUUGCGAGUUCACAUCCUACAAUUCUGACUUUCUUUUUCAGAAAAGUGAGAUAUAAACUCACAACUGAGAGUUAUAAAGUCAGAAUCGUGAGAUAUAAACAAUUCCGAGAAAAAAGUCAGGAUUGUAAGUUUAUGUAUCGCAAUUUUGAUUGAUUUCUUAGAAAUUGAGACUUUAUUAUAUUGCAACUUUAUAUCUCAGACUUUUUAUCUCGCAAUUGCGAGUUUGUAGCUCAUUGUAUUUUGCAAUUGUGAGUUUAUAUCUUGCAAUUCUGACUUUAUUUCUCAGAAUUGAGACUAUUUCUCAGAUUUUCUUGCAAUUGCGAGUUUACAGCUCACAGUUCUGACUUUCUUCAGAAUUGCACAACAUAAACUUGCAAUUCUGACUUUUUCUCAAAAUUGUGAGAUAUAAACUCGCAAUUGAGAGUUAUAAACUCACAAUUCUGAGAAAAAAAAAUGUCAGAAUUGUGAGAUAUAAACAAUUAUAAGUAAAAAAAAAAUAAAAUUGUGAGUUUAUAUCUCACAAUUCUGACUUUGUAACUUGCAAUUGCGAGUUUAAAUCACAAUUCAGAGAAAAAAGUCAGAAUUGCGAAUUUGUAUCAAGCAAUUUUAAGAAUUUUUUUUUUUUAAAGAAAAAGUCCAAUUAUGAGAUAAAAAGUCACAAUUUUUUUUUUUCGUUCAGUGGCGAAAAUGGGCUUCCAUACAUAAUGGUAACACUUUAGGACAAAGAUUAAUUUGUUAACAUUAGUUAAUGCAUUUGAUGUCAACAGCUAACAUUGAAAGUAUAUUUAAUAAUGUAUCUUAACCUUAACUUAUAAACUCAAUUGCUUGGUCUGAGUUCAAUUCCACCCCAUAAAUUUAUACUACUGUUCAUUGUUAAUUUGCAUGUAUUCAUAUAAUGUUAAAUAAUGCUCAUUAAUACAACCUGAAAAAUUCAUGAAUAUCUGUAGACAUUAACAUUGAUAAAUCCUGUAAAAAUAUUCUUAAUUGUUAGCUUGUGAUGCAUUAAAUAAUGUUAACAAAUCAAAUAGUGUUAUAUUUUGUUCCAGAAGCAAAUUAAGGAAAAAUCUGCUACAUAUUUCUGAGAAAACAGAAAGCCUCUCUCUUUACUGUAGCUUACAGCAUCUCCAUUCAGAGGCGGGCUGAAAUCGAUCCAGCGCUGGUAUUAACACUGAAUCCUCUGGUCCUCGUCUGUCACAACAAGCUACUGCAGUGGGGUUUGAUUUACUGCUGCAUGAACGGAGCCUAAAUUUAACUUCCUAUUUCAGGGAGUGAAACACUAUUCCUAAUUGCAGCAUGAAAACAUCAGCUCGCAAUUUCAGGUCAGCCGUUAAGCGGGUGUGAAAGCGGCCCAGAUGAAUGCAGAAAACGGAAGUUACUUACGGUUACCGUCAACAACAGUGACUUCGAGAUCCAAAACGUGAGCUUUUUAAUUUUUUAGCCCUUCUGAGAAGGCCCUUAAAGAGUAUUUAACUUAAAGAUGCCCAUGUAUCAGUAUUUGUAUAAUCCAAGAGCCUUGUGUGCAUAUAUACGAAAGUGUUUAAAGGUAUAACUUAAUAUAGUAUCAGAGAUUAGCCGUGAUACCUAAGGGGUCACAUGACUGACUGUAGCCAUCAGGCCGAUGUGCCGCCUGAUAUAGAUCAACAUGCAGUGAUCAUCAGAUGCUUUCGCAGUGCGUCGUAGGGCGCAAAGGUCUGUGUUGGAACUGUAUAUAUAUAUUUCACCAAUACAGAACUGGUUCAGGUGUCGACUUUCGAAACCAAGCUCUUACCAGGGUUAGCAGGUUAAAGUUCCCUUUAAAGAACACUGAACCGCAGAAGCUACGCCAGUGUUCAAAAAAAUGCUAAUCUCUCCAUAUGACCACAGACGUUCACCUCCAGCCAGCGGGUCGGUUUAUCAUGGUGGAUUUGGCUAAAAGAGCCCCAUUGUUUCUGUGGUCAUUGGACAGAUGGUUUAUCCUGCGUGACAGUCUGGUGUUUAAAGAAUGGCGGUUUGGUUACAAGUGCAUGUUUACAACUACUUUUCAUUUUACAGUUUAGAAUGAUUUGAAACAGUCAUGUAUAUAUAGAUAUUGUUUAUAUUUUCUCUAAAGUUUAACCACCGCAUGCCUGCUGAAUCAAAGAAGACAAAGACGUCUGCUUGAAGAGAGACCACGCUGAUUGUUGCUACUUUAUUAGUUUCACAUGAUUAUAUUUUUGGACCCCGUAUCUAUCCACUGUACUUUUCCUCAGUCUGUUAUUAGCAUGUUCAUUGUACAAGUAUCUCUGUGGAUGUUCUUUGUUCUGUUUUUGUAUUUUGUAAACUGAGGUUUGGCGCCAACGUAUGCCGGUCGAUGGCCAACUGAGGAAUGUCACGUUUGGGAAAUGUCCCCAUGUCCCCUUCUAUGUCAUUUCUGUGAAUAACUGAUAGCCUUAACUUACCAAUACAAAAUAGCGUUUUGCCUGGAGCAAAGACUUUUGCAAUACAAGUCACUGAAAAAAUCAACCAAAUGAAAGAACAAAAAGCGAGAGGUCAACAUCUGUUUUGCCAUGUUGCAAUAACUCAUUUUUGUUAUUGUCGUCAUACUCGCCCUCAGAGAAGACAGUGGUGAUAGAGGAUGUCCUGCACAUCACAAAUGAGCUCCAUGAUGUCUCUGGCACCACAUAUGUCUUUUGUGGACUGGACGGCUUUUCUCUAUUAUUUGUACCUGUCCUAAAACUGUGAUUGCUCAAUCUGCCCAUCACUGUCUCAUUUCUCAUAACAAUACAGUUUUAUCUGUCAAAACCGUGCUGCCUCUUGCAGGGUUGUGCUCUAUUCACAAUUGAGUUGAGAAUGCCCUUCAAAUUCAAAUUCUAAAUCGGAAUGGAAGUUUUGAAUAAAAAUUAGGUUUAAUUCAAAGACGUUCAAAUAAUUGUAAUGUAUAACUAGAGAGUUUUGCAGAGAAGUCUUGAAGUUUGAGUGUUUGUUGGCCUCAUGGGCAGAGAGUACAAUGAAUGGAUGGAUGGAUGGAAGAAAGAAAGAACACUUCUUCCCAGAAUGCACUGCCUGUUGAUUUUUUUUUUAUUACAAUUGACCCUUCGCAGGGAGUUUGAUUGACAAGUGAUCUGACCAAUCAUAAUGCCAAAUCUCUCAUUUUUGUCCAACAAACAAACCAGACAGGAGAGUAGAUUAAUGUCAGUUAGACUGACGUCGAAAGGUCUGGGAACCUUGGCUACUUCAAUGGCCAAGGACCAUCCAAGAGGCCAUCUGACUGACAGGUGAAACAACCAAUCACGUUUCGUUUUGUGCCACGUCAUGUUUAGGUGCACGAAAUGUCCCCACAAUAACAGACCAGUGUGUAAAAUUCUUUCCCCCGGUUUCAUAGACAAGGCUUAAGCCUAGUUCCAGACUAAAAUGUAAGUCUGAGCUGUUCUGCACUGAAUGAUCUUAAAAUAUACCAGUGCCUUUGUUUUGUCUCAAGAUGCACACCAGUACUGUUUUUUCUAAGGCUUGUUUAUAUAAAUUACUUAAAUGUCCUAAGUGAACUAUGGCCUAAUCGUGGCUUAGUCUAAGCUCUGUCUGUGAAACCUGGUCUUGGACGUAUUUUAAGGAGUCUAUGCUGGGAACUUUACAUAUUUCACAUACUUAAAAAAUCCAGUGUUUGGUUGAUCCUGAUAAGCGCUCUUUGUCACAGUUGUAAACAUGAUGCGUCACGACAUCUUUGUUUCCAGGCGGAAUUUUAAAGAACAGGAUACACUAAUGUUGCCAGGUUUUCACACCAAAACCUGCCCGACUGCUACUCAAAACUAGCCCAGUGGCAUUUCGAGUGAGGUUUCCGUUAAAAAUUGUGUCCCGGGGAAUAAAAUACCAUUUUUUUAUCGGGUUCCCCUAGUGAAUUCACAUUUCAGGGGCUAAAUAUGACAUUAUUGGGGUCGCUUCAACCCGCGGACAUCAAAAACUACCCGCGGCAACAGUGUAAAAGUAGCCCAAUUCCGUGGGAAAACCGCAGAUAUGGCAACACUGGGACACAUGCAUCUCUUGGAAAUUCUGUAUUAUUCAACCAGUCCGAUAACAAAGUGUUUUCAAUUUUGUGUGCCAUAUAAGUCAGAUGUUCAGCCAGCGGUCCGUGGGCCGUGGACAUGAACUUUAAAAAAAGAGCAUAUUCACAUCUUUCCGUGGUUGAAACAAGAUAACUUUUGAUGUUCAUUUAUGUUUAUUUUGUGCUAUAACUAGUAAAAAGGAAGAGAUGAUCAGUUCACGUGCCGGCUGAACUGAGGUGCUACAGCGAUCUGUCAUGCCACAAAACAGUAUUUAUUGUUUGAAUUUCUUAAAAAAUGACAAAAGCUGAGACUUUGUUUUAUGCCUUAAGUGACUUGCUCUGUCGUCAGUUUUAUCUUUGCUCCACAAUGUAUUUUUCACUGUGGGAGAACAUGAUGUGUGGCCUAAUAGCACCAUGGUUUGUCGGACGUAGCAACAGUAACGAAGGGAAGGGCGGUCUUUGCGAAGGGUCAAUUUAGUACAUUCCUUUUCCUGUCAUUCGAAUUCAAAUUUGUGUAGGGUGUGGGAAAUUCUAGAAAUUCUAA